AUGGAACAAACCAAUACACUUAAUUCAAUAUAUGAAAGAUCAACAUCUUCUUCUUCUUCUUCUUCUUGUUCUCCUUCUUCAAAAAGAUUAAAAUAUCAAUCAGAAUCCAUUAAAACUGAAGAAAAUCCACAAUCGAUUGAUAUUCUUCGGACGUCUACUGAUAGUCAACACAGUGAUUCAAUUGAUCUUGAUCAAUCAAUCAUAGAUCAACAUUCGAAACAAUUAGAUCAAUCUCUUAACACUAGAAAUAAAGUUAAUCAAUCAGUCGAUAUUCAUCCAGCAUGUCAAUUUCAUACAGAUAAACAAUGGCUUGAUUGUCAAUAUCAUGAUUUUGAACAUACAUCAAUAAAGAAGCCAGAUGAAGUUGAAAAUGAUAUGAAAGAUCCAAUAUUAAAUAAUCAUAUGAAUAUUCUUGAUCGUAUUCAAGGUUCAAUUAUUGGAAUGGCUUUAGGUGAUGCUCUUGGAGCUCAUGUAGAAUUUCGACCUCGAGAAUAUUUACGUGAACAUCCAGUUGAAGAUCUUAUUGGUGGAGGUACAUGGGGUCUCAAUAAAGGACAAUUUACCGAUGAUACAUCAAUGGCUCUUUGUUUAGCUAAUUCUUUAAUUGCUCGUGGUGAUUUUGUAGGUUAUGAUCAAUUAGUUCGAUAUAAAUGGUGGCAUUUAAAUGGUUAUAUGUCUUCAACAGGUAAAUGUUUUGAUAUAGGUGCAGCAACAAGUGAUUCAUUACGUGAAUUUGCACGUCGACAAAAAGAAUUUUCUGAUAAAAAUAAUAUUCCAUUUGAUCAAAUUGAUUUUUUAUCAGAUGAAAAUCUUCUUAAAAAUUUUAAUGUUAUGUGUAGUGAAGAAGGUGUAGCUGGUAAUGGAGCUUUAAUGCGUCUUGCUCCAGUACCAUUAUUUUUUUAUAAAUAUCCAAAUGAAGCUAUAGAAUAUUCUGGUAUUAGUGGACAAAUAACACAUGGAGAUAUAAAAGCUUAUGAUGCUUGUCGUUAUUAUGGUGCUCUUAUUGUUGCUGCUCUUCAUGGAGAAACAAAAGAUAAAUUACUUGAUAAUGAUUUUUAUUCUCAACAUAUUCAUUGGUUUAAUGAUAAACCUCUUCAUUCAGACAUAAUUAAUAUUGCUCAAGGUUCUUAUAAAAAACAAGGAGGAUAUGAUGAUGGUAUUAGAGGUAAAGGAUAUAUUGUUAGUGCACUUGAAGCUGCACUAUGGGCUUUUUGGUCUGAUCAAGAUUCAUUUAAAAGAGGUGUACUUGCUGCUGUUAAUCUUGGUGAUGAUACUGAUACAACUGCUGCUAUAUAUGGACAAUUAGCUGGAGCAUAUUAUGGUUAUAAAAAUCUUCCUCAACAAUGGAUUGAACAAGUUUAUGCAAAAAAAUUUCUUGAAACUUUAUCCAAAUGGAUUCUUUAUGAAGGAAAAAAUUGGAAACCGAAGAAUUUAUCUUCAAUAGAUAAUAAUGAUUCGAGUUUAUCAACGUCGAACGAUCAUCCUACAGUCGGAAAUUCAACAGAAAAAUUGAAUUUCAAUCCACAACCAAUAACUAAACAAAAUGAUUCAUCGAUUAUAAUACCGUCGAAAGAAGAUAAUUUUAUUCAAUCGUUAAAUAAUCAAUCAUUAAAUGAUAUUCAAUCUAAUCAAUACAAUACAUUAUCUUUGACAAAUCUAACAAAUAAUAAAUCAAUUAAAAUAGAUACAAAUAUUAAUAAACAAGAUAAUAUUAUUAGUCAUUCAUAUUUUAAUCAAAAAUCAACUUUUAAUAAUCAAUCAAUUAAUAAAUAUAUGAAUAAAAGUGACAAUUUAGCAACAUGGUCUAUUAAUGAUGUUUGUAGAUGGAUUCAAUCACUUGGUGAAAAUUAUCACAUUUAUGUUGAUUUAUUUCGAAAAGAUCGAAUUGAUGGAUUUCGUCUUUUCUUUUAUUUCAAUCAUUAUACUCUAACACGAUAUGGAAUAAAUAAUAAAGAUCAUCAACAAAAAAUUCUCGAUGGUAUUCAACAACUGAAACAAAAUCAUAUGAGCAUUAGAUGGUCUUCACGAAGAAUUUAA